AUGACGGAGAUGACGAAGAUGAUGAUGGUGACGAACAUACUGGGGCUGAUGGCGAUGUGCUCUGCAAAUGUUGAGUCUGGCUCUAUUACUCGCGAAACACGCAUAAUAAAACUUCGAGCAAUUUUUCUAAAUGUUUCGUUAAAUUUUUUUAAUUCAAACUCCCCCAAAAUCAAAAUUCAACAAAUUCAAACAUUUCCUCGCGAAGCAGUGGCUGUCGAUAGCGGAUUCACGGGCUACUACAACGACGUCCCACUAUAUCCGGAUUCUGGCCACGACGAAUUUCAAUCCGCUGAUGAGGACUUCGACCACAGUCAGACCUUCGAUGAGAAUGAUGGUAAGGAAGAGUUUAAAGAUGCCAAAGUGGUGAUCGCAAUUGGCAAAGCCAACGAAGUUAAAAUUGUUGUUGAGGAAGGUUCUGAUAAUGAUGCCGACAUUUCAAGCAGUGGUAGUCAGGGUGUUGGUGAUACCGGAAGUGGUGGUUAUGGAAGUGGUGGUUACGGAAAUGGUGAUUACGGAAGUGGUGGUUACGGAAGUGGUGGUUACGGAAGUGGUGGUUACGGAAGUGGUGGUUACGGAAGUGGUGGUUACGGAAGUGGUGGUUACACUGGUGGCUAUAAUUUGGGUGAUGGCUAUGGUGACAACAGUGGUGAGAGUGGCAGCAGUGGCGAGUAUUCUGGCGACAGUGGCGAGUAUUCUGGCGACAGUGGCAAGUAUUCUGGCGACAGUGGCAAGUAUUCUGGUGACAGUGGCAAGUAUUCUGGCGACAGUGGCAAGUAUUCUGGCGACAGUGGCGAGUAUUCUGGCGACAGUGGCGAGUAUUCUGGCGACAGUGGCGCGUAUUCUGGCGAUAACGGAAGUGGUGAUGGUGGAAGUGGUGAUGGUAGAAGUGGUGAUGGUGGAAGUGGAGGGAGUGAAAGUGGUGAUGGUGGAAGUGGAGGGAGUGAAAGUGGGGAUGUUGGAAGUGGAGGGAGUGAAAGUGCAGAUGGUGGAAGUGGAGGGAGUGGAGAAAAGUAA